AUGGAAUCAGUUCAGGGCAUUGAUGCUGCGGUUCAAAGCAGCGAUGAGCGUCGAACUGCGACAAAUUAUGGGCAAUCCAUUCAGGGGAGAGCAAAAAAACUGUACCACAAGCUUACGACAAAGGAAGGACUGUUUGGUGACUACGAUUACGCCUUUCUGUUCACACCGUCGUACCCAUUCCGGGACUGGAUCAAUAAAAAGCGGGGCAUCGAGCCUGUAGAACGGGAUCAGCCGUUCUUUUCCGUGUACUCGGAAAUGCCUAUUUUCUUAGGGCUUUUACUCGGGCUUCAGCACUCGCUAGCGAUGCUGGCCGGUGUCAUUACUCCACCCAUUUUGAUCUCUGGUGUAGCCAAUUUCUCCACCGAACUACAGGAAUAUCUCGUCUCUGCAUCGCUGAUUACAUCUGGAAUUUUGUCUUUUGUCCAGAUCACCAGGUUCCACAUCCCAUUUACACCUUAUUAUGUUGGGUCCGGUCUUAUUUCCGUUGUGGGUACUUCUUUCGCUACGAUCACCAUUGUGAACAAGGGCUUCCCAAUGAUGUACAGCUCUGGUUUCUGUGGUGUCGCCGAGGACGGUACCAAAGCGGCUUGUACGGCAGGUUACGGCGCAUUACUCGGGACUGCGGCCUGCUGCGGUUUGCUAGAAAUGGCAAUGUCGUUCACUCCUCCUCGCGUUUUGCAGCGGAUUUUCCCAAAGAUUGUCACAGGCCCUGUGGUGUUAUGUAUCGCCAUUAGUUUAAUUGAAAGUGGAUUCCAAGACUGGGUUGGAGGAGCUGGGUGCGUCGGUGCUUUGUGUCCCUAUGAAGGUGCUCCAAUGGCAGGAGAAUGGGGCAGCGCCCGGUUUAUUGGUUUGGGUUUUCUUGUGUUCGCCACAAUCAUCAUAUGCGAAAAAUGGGGGUCGCCUAUCAUGAAGUCCUGUGCCGUGAUUGUUGGUCUCCUUGUGGGGUGUAUUGUGGCAGCUGCCUGUGGUUAUUUUGAUCGGAGCUCUAUCGAUGUGGCCCCCGCAGUGACUUUCAUUUGGGUGCACACUUUCCCACUUACAGUAUAUGGCCCUAUCGUACUGCCGGUGCUCGUCAUGUAUAUCACGUUGGCGCAGGAAUGUAUUGGUGACGUGACUGCGACUUGCGAUGUGUCCAGAAUGGAAGUGGAAGGUGAACUGUACGAGUCUCGCAUCCAAGGUGCUGUCUUAAGUGAUGGUCUUGGCGGCAUUCUGUCAGCUCUUUUCACUUUACCUCCUAUGUCGACUUUCGCCCAAAAUAAUGGUGUCAUUUCACUGACGAAAUGUGCCAACAGACAAGUCGGCUAUUGGUGCUGUUUCUUCCUGAUCAUUAUGGGUAUUUUCUCCAAGUUCGGAGCCGCAUUGGUUUCCAUUCCUAAACCAGUUCUUGGUGGCAUGACGACAUUUUUGUUCACAAGUGUGGCCGUUUCGGGUCUCAAAAUUAUUUCAACCAUUCCAUUUACUAGGAGAGACAGAUUUGUCCUGACGGGAUCUUUAUUGCCCGGUAUCGGGGCCAUCUUGGUACCAGACUGGUUCAGCUAUUUUUUCACUUAUUCUGGCCCAAACAAAGCCCUCGCUGGGUUUUUGAAUGCUAUUGUGCUUAUUAUGGAGUCUGGAUUCGCAGUUGCAGGCAUAGUGGGCAUCAUCUUAAACCUCAUGAUACCACAAAACCUUGACGAGAACAUGAUGGACGACAUUGAAGUUCAGCAGGACAAUCUUUCGAUGUUGGAAGGUCAACCUUCCGUCAUUAGAUCAAAGUCGAUUGAAAACGCCAAGAGUCGCGAGGCUUUCCAUAACGGCGAUGAAAAUGCCAGGGGUGAAGUGUACGAGAUGAAAGAUGAUCGAAUCAACAUCACUACAGGCCAAGCUAGCCAUUCAGAUUGA